AUGAGAAGAGUUGCAUGCAUUUUUGCGCUGGUUGCAUUUGCAUGCACUAUCAGCAUUGCUCUCGGAAGCACUACCAUAUUUCAGCAAUACAAAGAAAGUACCGAGCCACACGUUUUACAUGCAGCUUUCAGAAGGUUUGAAGCGGGCAUGCCAACCACUAGGGUUAUGUUAAAUGUUCGUCGUGUUGAUUAUCCGGAUGGCAUGGCGGACAAGGAAACAUCCCAGGCAUCCUCCACGGAAAUCUCAACAGGAAGCUCAUCAGAAAUCCCAAUUGCAAGCUCAGUUAAAAGCUUGGCCAACAGUUCAACAGAAAGCUCAACAGGAAGCUCAACAGAAAGCACGACGGAAAGUUCAACGGUAUCCACCGCAGAGCCCACUACGGAGACCGCCACCGACACUAUAACAACAACCGAGUUGAUUACAUCAAUGACGGUUAUAAUUGAAAGCGGGUUGUCUGUUGACGACAUUCUUGACGGCCAAAUGGAAAUACUCACGGUUACAGAAACAUUUACAACCAUUGUAACGCCGACAAUUGAUUAUACACCGACUGUCACUCUUGAUAUUACAACUACUGUUACUCCAACAGAAACUGAGGUAUUCACCCAAACUCCAAGUGCGCCUGCGCCACUGGACCCCGAAACUACUACUCUUUCAAUAUCGAGCGACACCACAACCACUGUUUUUACUACCACUACGCUGGUGACAACAGAAAAACAGGAGGCAGACACUAGCACUAUGACAAACACCACAACCACAACAGAAACGAUGACGACCACGGAAGAGGUGGUGUUAACAUCCGAGUCAGUAUCAUUAACCACCGUAUACACUACAGUGAUGGACACGUAUAAAAAAACAAUUCCAGCUGGCACCAGUACUACUAGUUCAGCUUAUAUGGUUACACAUACCACUACAGAGUUUACAACUACGACAGUUCAGAUCUAA